GAACGAGUGCCGCACCGCAUAGGAAGAGAGCGAAGAAAAAUGCGAUGCAGCGGCAUAAGCAUCUACAUCAUCAUUCUAUAUAUUUAUUCCAUUUUCUCUCCUCUUUCAAAUCCCGUUUUGUUCUCCAUAACAUAAAGUUUGUUCAGUUGUAAAUUGCAGUUUUCUCCAUAGAACCUACCAAAAAUGAAACAUUAAUCCCUAACUUUUUAAAAAAAUGGGUAAUUCGGAGAUUCGGUUGAAGGGUUUGAUUCAAUCGGAGUCAAAAUUAAACGGGGUUCGGUGUUUGAGUUUGAGCAGUAGUGAGUUGUGUUUGAAUUCCAUUGGUUUCGACGGUAACAAUAGCGGAAUACUCCUCCAGGAUUCGGCCACAACAUGAUUUGUUUCACCGAUUUCUAUUGAAAAUUGUUCUCCUUCAGAAUGUAUGUUACGUGCACGAAGGAGUCGCCGGAGAGGAGGAGGGCGGUUCUUGUCGGUGACACUUUCAGAUUCUAAUGAGAUUUUGGGGCAGAAUGGGGAAGCUGCUGUGGUGGAGAGUGGUGGUAGAGUUUGUCAGGAAGUUGAAAAGGCAGAGAAGCCGAAGUUGCAUGGUGGAGAUGGUGCAUUGAAUACUACUAAGCACCUUUGGGCUGGAGCUGCAGCUGCCAUGGUGUCCAGAACUUUUGUUGCCCCACUGGAGAGACUAAAGCUGGAAUAUAUAGUUCGUGGUGAACAGAAGAAUCUUCUUGAGCUCAUCAAGACAAUUGCAGUAACUUAAGGGAUCAAGGCAUUUUGGAAGGGGAAUUUUGUGAAUAUUCUACGAACAGCUUCAGUUGCAGGUCCGGGCCACUAAGAUGAGUACAUUGGCGACUAGCCUAAAGAUCGUUGAGCAAGGUGGUGUCCCUGCGCUCUAUGCUGGACUGACUCCCAGCUUAUUACAGGUUUUACCAUCAGCUGCAAUAAGCUAUUUCGUGUACGAAUUUAUGAAGAUAGUUUUGAAAGUGGAAUAACUAAGAGAUUGGGGUUCCUCACAGUUUUGAAAGUGGAAUAACUAUGAGAUUGGGGUUCCUCCUGGUGAGAACUUCUAUAAGUCGGUGCUGACAACUGGUUUUCAAUUUAACCAUAAGGCGAAUUUCUGGUCCUCAUUUACGUUGCCGGAACAAGGGUAGGUAAUAAUACGUCUUAUAUAGGAAGAGUUGAAGAGAACAUUUCUCAGCUCUUGAGAUUUCCCUUUCAGCUUUUUAUAGGGAAUUAGUGCAGAGCUUUUACCUUUCUUCCUUUGCAUCCCCAUCAAAGCAAAAGAUGAUACAAGAUGAAAAUUUGUCGUCUUCAAUUUGCCAGUAUGUAGUGUGUACAUGUUAUGGAGGUCGUCUUCUUUUCCUUUUCUUCUUUUAAUUAUUUGCUAGCUUUAUUUUUGUUGCAAAUAGUACCACUUUUCACCA